CCAUUAAGGAGACGCGAGACGUGGAAUGGCAAGAGCUCGUUUACGAUGCAUACGGCCGGCCGAGUAUGCCGCGAGCGCCAGCACUGACCCUGACCCUGGUUGCGUACUCGGGACGCACGCUUGCAAGCUGCGGUAUUUCCCCGGAGGAUAUGGCGAACGUCGGUAUUAGACGGCUGGCAAGUGUCCCUGAGUGACCAUUCCACAUCUGUCAGCGGUUCAGCUCAGACGUCGACGUGCCAAAGGUGAGUUCUGACUUAGCAGUAUGAAGAUCUGCAUAGUACUUGUGUUGACAUCAGCCGUGCUUUUGCACGAAGUGCUUGGCGGCGGCUACGGCGGAGGAGGUGGCUACGGUGGUGGCGGUGGUUGGGGCGGAGGAGGAGGUGGCGGAUAUGGUGGCGGCGGAGGUUGGGGAGGUGGAGGCGGCUACGGAGGUGGAGGUGGCUACGGUGGCGGUGGCGGUGGCCACCAUCACGACGGUGGUCACGUGAAACAUGUGCCCACGAAGCAAGUCCACGCCGUGGUCGACGUCAACGUAAAGAUCACAAAGGAGGUGCGCCACACGUCCGGUGGUCAUCGCGGUGGAUACGGUGGAGGAGGAUACGGCCAUGGCGGAGGCGGAUAUGGCGGCGGAUACAGCUACGGAGGUGGCGGCCACCACCACGGUCUCUUGCACAAGCUCAAGCACAAGCUACACUUGCUCCACCAUGGAUGAAGUGCGGAAGACUCAAAGGCGUCAUUAUCUUCAAGCAACCUGCGCCAAUGUGUGGAAUGGGAACACGGCUUCUCUGUUUCAGUUGUGGCGUCGUAAAUUUUAGCGCGCUAUAGUGGAAUUUUGAAUGCAGUUGGGAUUGUGAAUGGAAGCGCUUGCUCAAUCGACACACUUUAAAGGAAAGUUUAUGGCGUACAAGGUCUGAUCAAAUUUAUAUUUAUUUCCAUAGUCGUGGCACGUCUUUCGUCAUAGAGUAGACGCUAUUCAUUAUGAUUACAACGCCUUCGAGAAGUGUGAUCAGCGCCACUGGUGAUUCACUGCAUGUUUAUACCAGCGCAAAUAUAUCAUUUUUUCCGUAUCUUAUUGGUAUAUGGGCCCAUUCACACUUGCGACUAGGCGAGGUCGCGCGACCAAGUUGGUCGCAAAGCGACCAGUCGCAAGUAGUCGCAAAUGGUCGCUUUUCUCGAAAUGCGACCUUUUCGGGCCAGUCGCUCACUGCUCGAUUUUUCAGUCGCGCGACCGCAGUCGCAGAACAGCUGAACCAAUCAGAUGCGAAGGAACAGGACGUCCGUAUACGCAGACGCUUAUUUUACGCGGCGAUGACAUUUCAAGCAGACGUGAACGGCAUAUCGUGAUACAUUUCGGUUUAGCGACUCGUCGGUCGCAUUUGUAGGUGUGAACAUCGUUCGUCUUGAGUAGUUUUCUGGUCGCCAGUCGCAAUUGGUCGCGCGACCUCGCCCAGUCGCAAGUGUGAAUGGGCCCAUAUACCUGUUAUGUUACAUCGCAUGUAGAGAAUAUUGCGUCUGAAUGGACUGCUCGCGUAUGGGCACUUGAAAACAACCCUUGCUCUUUUGUCCUGCUGACGUAAGAACUCCUUUAGCUCGACAUGUCUUUGUUUUCUUCACACAAGUAUUUAAUCUGACAUGAAACUUAUCUUUGUUUGCAAUGGGGCAUAAGAAUAUUUGUUAGUGAACUUAAGACCCACCUGAGUACGGAGCCAGCAAAUAUUGCCUUCCUGAGUGAAAGGACCCAUCGUGUCAUGCAUCCGUUCAACUAAAUGCACCGCUUGAAGCCAAUAAGUGUUUCGAAAUAAAGCUUAUUUUUGCACCGUUGCAGCUAGCUUUGUUCAAGUAUGCCGGUUUUGUCAUAUGACUGUUUUCCCAGCCUGUAAGGCUAGACCCGGAAACAUAAUGUAAAAGCAAACAAAACAAUAAGCUGAAUAAGGUUGACCUAAUCAGCGAUACUAUAUAUAUAUAUAUAUAUAUAUAUAUAUAUAUAUAGAGAGAGAGAGAGAGAGAGAGAACGUUGGUCUUGAAAGAGCGACUUUUAAUUUGUUACUUUCCGUUAGAAGUCCUUUUGCUGUCGUGGUGUAGAUGUUUAUCCCCGAGAGAUAACUGUUGUUAAAGAGGACAUAUAUUCUGGCUGCCGAAUCGCAGUGAAAAAUAAGCAGUAGGAAGCUCAAAUGCCAUGAAGCGUCAAUGUUACUUUGCUAUGCAGUUGUGCUGUCAGAUACUGGUGUCAGCUAAACAAAACGAAACAUAUUUGACGCAGCGGACGUUCUGUGUUAUGCAUUGUUUACAUUUGUUAUUGUAUAGCGCACUUGUACAUACUGAAAUUGGCUGUGUACGUAUUGUGUAAAAAAAUUGAAUAAAUAAUUCCGUUUACCAUAUACUAGUCCUGUAUUUGUUUUUGAAGCUAGCCAUUCCAUGUGAAAAUUUGUUUUUAGACAUCUGGUGCUGAAGUUUAAGAGGUUCGUGAGUCCGAAAAAUCGGCGCUGCCACUGUGGGCUCAAUUUUAUUUUUCAUCGUGAGUUUCUGUGAACGGAGGCUAAAAUGAAACUAUCUUCCGUAAUUUGAGAUAAUAUGCAAUGACUCGACCCGCGCUGCGGUGUUUUGCCCAACUGUUCUAACGGUAUGCUUUCCUGAGUCCGUAGCACUUGUUCUUUUUUUUCUUUUUCCCGUGAGCGUGAAGCAGCGCAGUUUAUCAGUCGUUAGUACCUCAUACUUCUGUUAUUGUAGUAGUUAUUGAAUAAAAAUUUACU